AUGGGAUGUGUUUGCAGUAAGCACUUAGGAGGAACAAGAACAAGGCUUGAAAACAUCUCGCUUCUUGCUUCUCAAACCUUUUUUAGCGAGGCUGAAGUUGAAGUUCUACAUGAAUUGUUCAUCAAACUCACUUCUUGUGUCAGCAAUGGCAAUUUAAUAACCAAAGAUGGUUUUCAAUUUAUCUUAACCAAGGACACCAAGAGACAUAGUCUUUCCACGGAGCGGAUGUUUGGAUUGUUCGAUAUGAGAAACGAUGGUGCUAUAGAUUUUGGAGAGUUUGUAAACUCUCUCAACCUUUUCCAUCCGAACUCUCCCCAAAGAGAUAAAGCCUUAUUUGCAUUUCGAUUAUACGAUACUCGUCAGACUGGAUUCAUUGAACCAGAAGAGGUGAAAGAGAUGAUAAUAGACGUUCUAGAAGAAUCAGAACUGAUGCUACCUGAAAGUAUCAUCGACUCGAUUGUGUCUAAGACAUUUGAAGAGGCUGAUAGGAAGAAAGAUGGGAAAAUAGAUUUGGAAGAAUGGGAGAACUUUGUGGCCAUGCAUCCUUUGACGCUCAAGAACAUGACCAUCCCUUUCUUGAAGUAA